GUUGCAUUAGCAAUCAUCACAGUUGAGUGUCCACUGUCCAGCCAGAAGGUCUCUUGUAAACAUCAGUAUUAUUAACAGUAAUUAAUAGAAUAAGAAUACACAAUGGCCAAAGUAAAAGUACAGCAGGGUUGGUUGGCCGGAGCCAUCAUGGAGAGUGUGACGGGCGAGGGAAAGUACUACAGCUUCCGAGGAGUGCCGUAUGCUCAGCCACCUGUGGGCAAACUGAGAUUCAAGGCACCACAACCACCUCUACCCUGGGAAGGCAUCAGGACUGCCACAGAACAUGGCCCGAUGAGUGCUCAGGUCCACUACUUCACACGAAAAUUCGUAGGAAGCGAGGACUGCCUGCACCUCAACGUGUACAGUGCUGACCUCACGCCCACCAAGAAAAUGCCUGUCAUGGUCUUCAUCCACGGAGGAGGCUUCAAGUACGGAAGCGCCAAUGAUGACCUUUAUGCACCAGACUUUUUGGUCCACCAAGGAGUAGUACUUGUCACCUUUAACUACAGGCUAGAGGCACUAGGUUUCUUGUGCCUAGAUACCGAAGAGGUACCCGGUAAUGCUGCAUUAAAAGACCAAGUAGCUGCUCUAAAAUGGGUCAAGGACAAUAUUGUCAACUUCGGUGGGGAUCCCGAUAACGUAACUGUAUUCGGUGAAAGUGCUGGUGGUUGCUCCACUUCUCUACACUUGAUCUCGCCAAUGUCUAAAGGCCUCUUCAAGAAAGCCAUCCCACUAAGUGGUGUGCCUUAUUGCGAUUGGUGCCUACCUUUUCAACCAAGAAAACGCGCUUUCUUACUUGGCAAAGAUUUGGGCAUCGAGACAAAUGAUCCUAAUGAACUUCUAGAGUUCUUACAAAACGUUCCGGUAGAAAAGCUUGUAGAAACCAACCCUAUUGUCUUAUCGUUUGAAGAUUAUAACCAAGAUUUAUAUAAAUUAUACCAUUUUACUCCAGUCAUAGAAAAAGAUUUUGGAAAAGGUCAUAAUUUCUUGACGGAAGACCCAAUGGAAGCAUUGAAAAAUAAACGCAUCAACGACGCAGAUGUACUAAUCGGAUAUGCUAAAGAAGAAGCUGCGAGUGGCAUCCCUAAAUUUGAGGCAUCUCUUUUAGAAAAGACUAACCGUUUUCCAGAAUUGGUAGUUCCAAGAAAACUUUUAAUGAAAAUCACUCCUGAAACUGUUUUGGAACUGUCAGAUAGGAUACGUGAAUACUAUUUCCAAGGGAAACCAUUGCAAAUGAAGGAAUAUGUAACUUACAAAAGCCAUGUGUCUUUCAUUUUGGACAUUCUUAGAUUUGCAACGCAUUUGCCGAAGGUUGGAAAUGGCAAGAGAUAUAUGUACAAGUUCUCUUACGUGUCAGAUAGGAAUGUAUACGGCAGUCCUGGUUUGAACCAUGGUAUUCGUGAAGCUGGGCAUAUGGAUAUUUUGAUGUACUUGUUCCACGCAAAGUUCCAUGAUGUGAAAGUAGUACCGAAUACCGAAGAGUUCAGGAUGAUCAAUUUAGUGCGCACAUUAUUUACCAACUUUGCUAAAUAUGGUAACCCAACUCCUGACUCGUCUCUGGGUGCAAUCUGGCCUGAAUAUGACAACACUUCCAAAGCUUACGUGGAAAUUGAGGACAAGCUGGUGAAGAAGACGGCUCCAGAAGCAGAGGUGGUUGAAUUCUGGCGCAAAAUCUUCGAAACUGCUGGAGUGGAGUUUUAAGAACUAUUUUGAAUGGAUUACCUAAUAUUAUUUGCAUUUGCAAAAACAAAAUGUUGUUAUUUUCUACGCAUAAUUAUGUCUAUAUCAGUUUAUCACUAUACCUACUUUAUACUCAAAAGCGUUUUUUUUAUAUUAAUAAAGUUAUUAUUGUUUUA